CCUAUGACCAAAUAGCAGAACAGAUCUCGCCUCCUGCGACCUGAAACAUAAAGCGGGAAGAAGCCAAAAAUAAAAAUGUCCAGUCAAGAACCUGCCAACAAUGCCUCCAUUGGAAGCGAGACCAUUGAUUCCUCCAAAGCUACUACAGGCCCCCUCGCUAGUCUGCGUUCAUUCUGGAGUUCAUUCGCCACACCUGAUCAAUCGUCACUUUCUGGCAACACUCUACCUGAUCCUGGGGCCCAGGCGAUCAUCUCCGUCAAGCUUUGUCAAAAGCCUACCGGGUCUUCCGAAUCUGCUUCCCCUCCACCGGACCAAACGCUGCUGGAAUCGAAGGUCCUGAGCCGGCUGUCAGAGCUGUUCAACGGGCUCAAAGAUGCUUCGACCGUUCGUCUCGAAAAGUAUCCGCUCACGAUCGCAUGGUGGCAAGAGGCAAGAGUGGGUCGGGCGCCCGUGUACUUCCUAUGCUUGGAUCGGGAGAAUCUGGCAAAGUCGGUGCGCAACGACAGGAAGCCGAUCGAUCAGGUCACUUUCGAGUUCUUGUCGAAGGGCUUACCCGGAGCGAGGUCUCUUGGAGACUUUGUACAGCUUUGGGGGACGGGUGAUCGAGCGAUUAACCUGCAGACAGUGGCUUGUGAACUCAAGAAGAAUCAGAAAUUCUUGUACCGUAUCUCAGAAGCCUAA